CCCCCAAACCCUCAUAGCAACCCACGUACGCCUUCAAUCCCGAACAUUUAUCGGAGACGGGCGAACCCGAGAUCGUGGCGAGAUACAUUGUGAGGGGUUGCUAAUAAGUUUCUGGCUAAAGAUUAAUCCGAAAAAAGAAGAAAAAAACCACCGUGCUUUUCAUGUAAAGAUUGGGCUUUCCUACCCUUGAUAUGCGCCAGCGUCAACCUGUUGCCCCGUGCCAUGGCUCUCGGCACGGGCCUGCAUAAGGACUUCUUCCAGAAGUACCACAUGCAGAAGGACAACCAAAUCCGUCUUCUUCACUACCCGCCGGUCGAAGACAAGUCGCUGCGUGCCGGCAAAGUCGAAAGACCGGGAGCGCACGGGGACUUUGGCUCCAUGAAUCUGGACAAGGUCGGGGAUUCUGAGGUGGAGAACCCAAACGAGGAGGGGGGAGUCGUCCCAGUGCCGCAUAGCCCGGAGAUGAUUGUGGUGAACAUUGGCCACUUCAUGCAACGGUGGAGCAAUGACACGUUGCGAUCGACCAUGCAUCGUGGGCGAGAGCCACUGUGGGAUACGGAUGAAGGCGGUAGUCGCUUCACCUGGGCUCGGUACCAAUACUCGAUUGCUUACUACAUAGACGCCGAUCGGGAGAAAACAGUGGACUGCAUCCCAAGCUGCUUAGGCCCGACCGGCCAAACAAGUACGAGCCGAUCAAAGGCCGUGAGUGUGUUGAGAUGCGCCUGAACCAGAGUGCUGAGAGGGGGCUUCAAUUCUCAAGUUUGGGUGGUGCUCGCAUUUCUU